GGGAUUUUCAAGUCUCAUGAUAAGGUUACUUCUAUUUGAAUUGUAAAAUUGAGUUGAAAGAUGAUAUUAACCGUUAAUUAGUUUGUAAUUAAUGUCACGAUCCAACAUGGGAUUGCUGCCGAUAAUUUUCAUUUUGCACUUAUUUUUUUUGGUGUCGAUUUUUGAUAUUUAUUUUAGGUCUCCUAUUAUUGAAGAACCUAUUAAGGCUGUCAAUAAUAACUUGAUUACAAAUACUAAGCGUCUUGUUCUUUUUGUUGGUGAUGGAUUACCUGCAGAACAUUUAUUUGAUUUUUCUUCUGGCUAUAGCAAAGCUCCGUUUUUAAGGUCGGUGAUUGAAAAUAAAGGAUCGUGGGGAGUUUCUCACACCCGGGUUCCUACUGAAUCCAGACCUGGACAUGUUGCUAUGAUCGCAGGUUUUUAUGAAGACCCUUCAGCAGUCUUUCGUGGUUGGAAGGAAAAUCCUGUUCUUUUUGAUUCGGUGUUUAAUCAAAGUGCAAUUACAUUUUCAUGGGGUAGUCCUGAUAUUGUGCCCAUGUUUAGUAAAGGUCCUAAAACAGAUCAUAUUCAUUAUUUUACAUAUUCAUCAGAAAUGGAAGAUAUGUCUGGUAAAAAUCACUCUGCUGCUCAAUUAGACUCAUGGGUUUUGAAUAAUUUUAAACAGUUUAUUCAGUAUAAUUUCAGUUCCUACAAUAUCUAUGAGAAAUCCCAGCUCAUAUUUUUUUUUCAUCUAUUAGGCACUGAUGUUGCUGGACAUGCCAAUAAACCCUAUACAUUGCAAUACGAAAGCACCAUUAAAAAUAUGGAUAGGGUGGUAAAAGAACUUCAUUCAAUAAUUGAAAAAUUGUUUGAUGAUGAUAAAACCACAUAUUUGUUUACCUCUGAUCAUGGUAUGACUGUUUGGGGUUCACAUGGUGCAGGAUCUAUGAUAGAAACUGAAACACCUAUUAUUGUGUGGGGUGCUGGGAUCAAAAAACCUUUAAUGUCCAAUAAUAGUGUAGGUUUAACUCCUGAUAAUUGGAAGUUAUCACAUUUAUAUAGACAUGAUAUAAAUCAAGCAGACAUUGCAGUCUUAAUGUCAGUUUUGUUAGGAGUUUCAAUACCAGUUCAUUCCGUUGGUACUCUUCCUUUGGAUUUUCUUGACUUUUCUGAACAAGAUCGAGCUAAAGCAUACAUUUUAAACGCCAUGCAACUGGUCACACAAUUAAAAGCUAAAGAAUACCAAGUGAGAAGCCAGUUAGCAAAUUGCUUUUUUUAUCCAUUUCCAAAUACAAUUAUCAGUAAUUAUGAAGAAGUGAUAUAUAACAUAGGAAAAGCAAUAGCCAGUUUGGAUUUCUUGGCAGCUGAGGAUUUGACUCACCAUCUAAUUGUGUCAUCUCUUGCUGGUCUUGACUAUUAUAAUACCUAUUUCCAAAACUUUUUACUCACCUGUACAGUAUUAUCAUUCUUAGGUCUUGGAGCAAUAGUGAUAGCAGAAAUUAUGUAUUCUUACAGUUCAGAUGAAGUUAUUGAGUCAGAACCACAAGUAUCUCGUAUCAAGAUAUUUAUUUUGAAAAUGGCUUUUUCAUUUAUCUUUUUAUUUAGUAUAAUAUUGACUUUAGUUAAUGCUCUACCGCGCCGUUUUAUAAUAUAUCUAGUCUUACCUUUGUCUUUGUGGUACUGGACAUUUUUAAAGUAUUCCUGGAUCCUAUCACAUAUUGAUGUAUUCAAAAGAUCAGUAAUUACCAAAAUAAUAUUAUAUGGAUUGGGUUUAAAAUUAAUUGUUCUCUCAUUUACUUCAAGAUGGUUAUUAUCAUUAAUACUAUUUGGACUUUGUGUAUGGCCUAUGGUGAACCAUAAACUUGUAGAUGCUCCAAAAGAAUACAAAUUAGUUUGGUACUUAAGUUGUAUUGGAUUGUCGGUUUUUCCCUUUUUACCAAUUGUAGGAGGAGAAGAACAACUAUUUUUCAAAAUUUUCACAGGAUGUGCAUGGAUUAUUGUUGAAUUUACACUACAUAAAAGUUCAACCCUCAAAUACCUUGGUCUCAAAUUUAAUUUUGUUUCCUUAACGCAAUUAUUUUUUACACCUCUUCUGCUUUGGAAUAUUUAUACUAUAACAAAUAGCUUCAAAAGGGGAGAAGGUUUACCUCUAGUUAAUCAGUGCAUAUCUUAUUUUUUAUUAGUGCUGUUUCUUGGCCUUAUGUUUGGUGGACCUAACACAUUAAUAUCUCGAUUUAAUACUGUGAGUUGUUCUGUGGGUUUGAUUUUUUUGAUGUUCUCCUCAUCCUAUGAAGCAAUUUUUCCUUUGUUCCUGGCCCCUAAUCUUCUGUGUUGGAUAUUAUUUGAAAGAAUUAUAAAGUAUUCUAAUUACUCAAGAUGUAUAAUCACUUAUGAAAAAAUGAGCUUAUCUAAUCAUGAAUUCAGAAGAAGUUUCUUCUUUGUAUUUUACAUUAUACUAUCAUUUUUUGGGAUUGGAAAUCUAGCAUCUUUAAAUUCCUUUGACAUGGCUUGGGUCCGUUCUUUUGUCACAUUAUUUUCACCAUUUCUAAUGAUGUCAUUAAUGAUAGUAAAGGUUCUUUUACCUUUCAUUUUAGUUACAUCUGCUUUUCGUUUUGUCUGCUAUAUUACAAAAGCUAAUUCUACAGCAUUAUUCAUGAUUGUGCUUCUUCUGUGUAAUUCUAUGGCUAUCCAGUUUUUGUUUAAUGUCAAUAACAAAGGAAGUUGGCUUGAAAUUGGUACUUCAAUAUCACAUUUUGUUAUUAUGAAAUCUAUAGUUCUCUUUCUUUUCAUAUUAUUUCACUGCACAAAAUAUAUAACAACCCUGAAAAUAAGUUCCAGCUUAGACUGUGAUGAUGUAUUAAGAAAAUGGCAUGAAUCUUAAUAUGCUUAGUUAUGAUAUUGUUAAAUAAUAUAAUAAUGUACCAAAGUAUUUUCAGAACAAACAAUUUGGCUCUAGUCUUGAUUUUUUAUUAAAUUAUAUUAUAUUACAUUCUAUAAUGUUAAUUAUAAAUGAAAGUAUUAUAUAUUUUUUAUCAUUAAAGUUAUGAAAACUC